ACUUUUCUUCGUGAAAUCAUUCAGAAGAGUUGGACUAUAAACUGCUCUUCGCACACAAUCAAUAGCCUCUGCAAGUUUCUUGCCCACAAUAAAUUCUGUGUUGAGUUAUUCAGAGACAAAUUGUGAAGAAAUAUACGACUUAGUAUUGUCAAAGAAGUCGGUGGUGGAAUUUGAUGAGACCGUUAAGAUUUGUAAUUCGCUACAUUAGAGAGAAACUUCAGGAUUUCCUUCAUGACCAGCAACUUCGUGCGAAUGUGACAUAUCAACAACUGUAAAGCGUGUGAAUUUCAAGUGAUUCGGGAAGUUUGUGAAGAGAGAUAAGAACUGUUUGCUAGUAAAUUUGCGGUGUGGAAUUGAAGAGACAAUCUCAAAAUGCAUAAGCCGUUGAAGAGAUUCACACAAUGUGGCAGUUUGACGAUGAUUUUCGCCGUUUUUAUUGUUCUGUUUGGCGUGAGUUCCACAGCAUUAACGACAUUCGGUAAACCAAAUCAAAACCAGAAUAUUCCACAACCACCAACGCCGCCACCAGUGAGAGCGAAAGAAUGCAAAACUCACCCAGACUGUUCCGUCCUGACGAACACGAGUUGCGUUAAGGAUUACUACGACGAUCGCUUCAGAUGCCUCUGCGGCGACUACACCGCGCCCGUCAACGGCUUCUGCCAAGCUAAAUUCAAAGGCCUGAGGCACAUGUGUGCAGACACCAACCAGUGCGACGAAGGCAUGCUCUGCGCCGUGGAGAACUCCACCAAAACCACAGCUUUGGGCUCCAAAGUGCCCACCAGCGCCGGUGACCAGCAAAAAGUGUGCCUAUGCGACGAAGACGCCGGCUACUCAGAGAGCCCGCGGAAUAAUAAUUGCAGCGGAGCCAUCACCAUCUUUGCAGGAGUCAUCGUGCCACUGAUAUCAUUAGUAAUUGGAUCUCUCAUGGCCAGAAAGCCUCUUCAGUAAUAAGAUAACCAACCACAUCGGCAACAAAUAACCACAAAUAUAUACAUAUCCGCACAGAGUAUCAAGCAAUACAAAGAAUGAAUAUUAUACAAACUAGUGCGUAGAUUAAUUGCACCACAAUUGCCUUAACCUUUGAGGGAAAAGGAGUGACAAAGAGAAAAGAAAAAACAUGUAGAAAAUAGUAUAAGUUUCAUUGUAAAAUUUUUUCCUUCCUGUGUAAUUCACGUUAAUAAUUAGUGGGUGAUAUUUUGAUUGCACUUUUGUGGGGCUUUCGUGCUGAAAGGUGUUUAGAAAGAGGGAACUUUGCAUUGAUGUUCAUCUUGUUGUGACUUUACAAGGAGAAAUUAUUUAAUGACUGGCGAGAAGUCGAAGGAAUCAAAGAGGAAUUUAUUUUCUAAAGUUCAACCGUGUUAUUAUGAAAAUACAAAUUAUUUCAGUAAUCACUUUCUCUCAUGAAAAUGAAGUAUAGAAUUUAGUAAAAAACGAAGAAAUUCUUCUUCUCUGUAAUUCCUUUCAAUAAAUUAAUUGCAAUGUUGUUUGCACACGCAAGAAUCACCCUUAAUUAUAAAUUGUAAUAUGCUUCUUUUCGUCAGAGGGUGAAAAUAGAGAAGAGAAAAAAUCAUAGUGUAGCUCUGUAUGUACUUUUGUAAGGAGAAAAAACUUAUGAAUAUUUAUUAAAUAAAAGUUUAAUAAGAAAUUGUAAUAAUUAUGAAAAGACCAACAGAAAACACACUCUAAGCUUCUUUUUGCCCCUAAAACAAAGUCAAUAAACUCUUAUUUUUCAAAAUUACUCCAUAAAAUCUACCAAAUAAUCACUCAAAUUGUGUUUUUAUAGAAUUGUAAGCUUUCCUUAGAAGCUAAUAAAUGCUGCACAUUUUAUGCAAAUUUCCGAUAA